AUGGCUGACUACUCACCUUUAAGCACCUCUGAAGAACAACCUUCUCAGUUACAGAACAAACGAGAAUUCAAAUUAAAUUAUUUUGCUAUUUUUUUUUUCCUCGCAGUUGGGAUCACUCUUUGGACCUCUAUUCCUUCUUUAGUAUAUUUAUUUAGCGACACACCAGAACAAUCGUUACCAAUAGAGCCUACGCGAGUACCAACAGUUCCUACACAUACAAUUCCUGUUCCUGAUUCUGAUUCAUCAAAACAGCAUCCAGAGAUGACUAAACGAAUUAUUUCCGUUUAUUUCACAAGUUGGAGUAUUUAUGCUCGUGAGUUCAAUGUAAAAGACCUCGAUGUGACGAAAAUUUCUCACAUCAAUUAUGCAUUUGCAAAUUUGGAUGCUGAUGGAAAUGUUAAAAUUGGUGAUCCCUGGGCUGAUACAGAUAAGCAUUUUGAUGGUGAUUCUUGGAAUGAAGGAGGUAACAAUUUGUAUGGUAAUUGGAAACAAUUGGGUUUACUAAAAAAGAGGAAUAGGCAUCUUAAA